UGUUUGUAGUAUUUAAUAUAACAUUUUAACGAAACUGUAGUUUAGUUGAGCGAGAAAUGUCAGACGCCAUGGACAAAUUUAAGUUAAUCGCUGAAAUACGAAAGAGACGUGAACUAUGGGAUUUUGAAAGCGAAGAACAUAGAAACUGCUUAUCUUUGGCAGAUGUGUGGAAGGAUCUAUCUGUCACUAUGGGAUCAGAUGUUGACAAAUGCAAGUUUAUCUGGAUGAAUUUAUUGAAGGGAUAUCGGAGUAUAGUGAAGCGUAUAGAUUUAUACAUCAAAGCAGACAAGUUGAAAGGUUCAUAUGAUCCCAACAAUGACUAUAGCAGUAAGUGGGUUUAUUUAAAAUCCAUGGAAUUUAUGAGGAACAUACCAGCAGGUCCGAGUAAACAUCGUUAUGCAUCUGACAAAUUAAAGUUAAUCGCUGAAAUCCGCAAGAGGCCAGUACUAUGGGAUCUUCAAACUAAAAGAAAUUCUAGAGUUUUGCAACAAACGUGGAAACAAUUGAGUCGCAUUAUGGGAGCAGAUGUUGAUGACUGCAAGCGUAAAUGGAAAAUUUUACGGGGUAUUUAUCGCAAAGAAGUUAUGAAGUUAGAAUUACGCAUCGUAGAAGACAAGUCAAAUGGUUCGUAUAGUCCUAACAAUGAGUAUACAAGUAAGUGGAGUUUUUAUGAACACAUGAAAUUUAUUGAUGGCAUUAAAAAUCAAAGACCCCUGAAAAGUGUUAACUCAUAUGUUAGUGACAACAAUCAAUCACCAUCAAAUCUUAGUGGUCAAAAUUCAUCGGAAAACCAAGAUGAUAUACCAACAACCUCAAAUGGUAAGUGUACUAAACGUUCUUACGAUCAGGCGAAUUUUUUUAAAUCACCAGUUUCAGAUAUAACAGAUUCCAAUGAUAUGGUUCAUGUUACCGAUGCCGACUAUAAUUUCUUGAUGAGUUUCUUGCCGCAAAUGAAAAAGAUCAAUGAGUUGGAAAACUUUCAGUUUCGAGCACAAAUCACCGAUUUGAUGUUGGAUAUUGUGUCGGAGUCUAUGGCUAACUAA